AUGGCGUUGUCGACCUGGGAACGCCUGGCGGCGAGUUACCGUGCCAAACAGCUCGAGGCAAUCCCAGCCAGCUGGAGGCUUACCCCGGAGCAAAAAGUGCAGCUCUCUCUGCACGGCCACGGUUCAUCGAUUGACGGCCGUCUGAUUGCUUCAGGAGCAGUUUCCAAGGCCGCCGUUCUAUCGAACCAUGAAAUAGACAUCACGGAGAACUAUGAUGCUGCCGAUCUAGUUAAGAAAAUCGCCCAAGGAGCCCUGUCGGCAGUGGAGGUGACAGUUGCAUUUUGUAAGCGCGCUGCUAUUGCGCAGCAGAUGGUCUCCUGCUUAACAGAGAUCUACUUCGAAGAGGCCAUGCAAAGGGCUCGAUUCCUUGACCAAUACGUUGCAGACAAUGGACAUACACUAGGGCCACUGCAUGGUUUACCGAUUAGCUUGAAGGAUUCAUUCCAACUCAAGGGUGGGAAAGCAACUCUUGGUUUCAUCACGAAUUUAACGAUGCCUGCAGCAGAGAAUAAUUCGGCGUUGGUAGAUCUGUUGCUCGACGCGGGCUGUGUUGUCUACUGCAAGACAAACAUUCCUCAAACAAUGAUGACUGCUGACUCGGAAAACAACAUUUUCGGGAGAACUCUUAACCCACACAAGACGGCAUUGACGGCUGGCGGCUCCAGUGGGGGCGAGGGAGCCCUGUUGGCCAUGAGGGGGUCUCCUUUGGGUGUAGGCACAGAUAUCGCAGGAUCCAUUCGCAUACCAGCCCUCUGUUGCGGCACAUAUGGUUUCAAACCAACCGCCGACCGCAUUCCCUAUGGCGGACAGGCGAGUCUACCGUUCCCGAAGCCGGAGUUCGAGGUUGGUAUCAAGGUUGUUGCUGGGCCCCUGGCGAACUCCCUGCAAGACCUUGAGAUGUUCAUGAAGAUCGUACUGGGUAGCAACCCUGGCCACUAUGAUACGAGUGCUAUCACUGAAAAAUGGCGCACGGUCGAGAAUGGCAGCAAUGGCAGCAUUACCAUCGGAGUUCUAUCACCAGAUCCGGAGUAUAUCCUCAUGCCUCCUGUCCGGCGAGCGAUGGACGAAGCCAUCGCCAAGCUACAGGCUGCCGGGCACAAUAUCGUCCAUCUACCAUUUGAGUACGCAACUAGUGCUGGGCUGGGUGGGCGUAUCGCUUUCCAGUGGUAUGGUCUAUUGUCGGUCUCCGGAUCGCUGGAGGACUACCUGGGUGAGCCCUUGGUCAGGUCUGUCGCUCGCAAUGUCCAUCCGUUCAGCAAGCACGCACCCCCCGUCGAGCCGAGUCUGGACCAACCUUCCCUGCUCAAGGAAUUGAGGGCUGCAACGCAAGCCUAUGAGAAAGCAUGGGAGAAUUUGUGGCAAACGUAUGCGCUGGAUGUAAUUCUUUCACCUGCCUCAAACACCACUGCAGUCCCUCACGAUACUUAUGGCGUUCCGGUUUAUACCUGCAUGUGGAACGUUCUAGAUGUGAGAGCUCACCAUACCAGCUCCUGGGGUGUGACUAUGACGCGUGCUCGCUAA